AUGGCGGCCCCACCCUCAACCCCAACAAUACCUCUCGACGUCCUGUCGCGGCAGAAUGCCCCAACUGUUCUCGACGUCAUUCGCGUCUUCAAUGACAACGUAGGCUACAUCAAUGUCCGCAGCCAGACAACCACCGCCAGCGUCCCUGGCGUGACCACACUGGGCAGCCGUGCCGGGUCGCCGUAUCCUCACACGUUUGGCGCACAAUCUGCCAACGUACUCAUGGACGGAUUUGGGUCGGCGCUCGCGCGCCUUGUCGACGUUUCCGACGACGCUCGCGUGGCGCUCGCUGUGUUCCUCAAGUCCACCAGGUACUCUGUGCUCCAUGGCGUGGACACUGAGCCUGGUCUACAGAGUUACCUCCACGGUCUCUACGUACAGUCGCUCAACCUCAUCCUCCGAGAUGCUGCGCACUUUGCACCUGGUGAUGCCCCGGGUGGCAAUUGGACUUUCGCGUUCUCCCCAGGCGGUGGACGGGCCGACUUUGAGUACCGCCUGAACGGCACGCUCGUCGCUGCCGGCGAGAUCAAGCCCUCGUCCGCUGCCAGCGACCAUCUCAUACGCCAAGAAAUGCCGACGGACGCACCCCAUGCCAAUAUCUACAUGAACAUGAAGGGGAGGGGUACCACGCCCUUGGGCGUCCAUGUCCAGGGCCAGCGUACCCUCGUUGGUGGCCAUCUCUUCCAAGUAUGGACUCAGCUCGUCACCAGGCAGCUUCGAUACUUGUUUUUCACCAAUGGCAACGUCUGGCUUCCGCUGCGUGUGAUGGACAAGAUAUAUGUCCUCGACAAGGGCAUCUCUUGCGAGCCCCGGGUUGGAACCUUUGACCCGCUCACGACUCCCUUGGGCUUUCUUCUGGCGCUGAGCCUGCUCCCGGUGGCACAGUACUCCUAUCCUCUUCCGGCACCUGUACAAUUGCCUGCGGUAGCGGCCGCGACCGCGACGCACACCAUCCCUAAUGCGUCGCUGGUUGCGUCCUUGCCGAGCACGAAGAGCGAGGUCCUGCCUAGUGCCCCAUUCUCGUCGCCAUGUAUCAUCGUUCGCCUUCUGGACGAGGUACUUGGACCGCACUCUCUCGACAUGGUUGACAUUGAGACGGGUAGUCCUGGCGUCGUCUUGACCAAGGUCAAGCAUGGUUGGCUUGAAACAGCAGCGGAAACCCUGCCCACCGGCACCACCGGCACCCUCGCUCCUCCGCCUACCGCAGCUUCCGGCACUGUCCCCGACGACACCACCCCCGUUGUCGCUAUCACUCACUGUCUCGGGCGAGGCGGCACUUCGGACGUCUACGCAGCCGUCACGGUCCCCGGGGUGCCAUGGCCUGUGGCGGCCAAGCUGUCUGUCCCGUUUGCAGAGGCGAUGCGCGUCAACUCUGACUCGGCCACGAGGAUUUCCGCCGAGGACAUAUCGCUCGCCGAACGCCAGGUCAGGUUUAUGCACGCGACCGAGGCGCUCGUCCUCGCCGGACCCCUCGCCAAGCUGCAAGGCGUGGCCGUACCCCGAUUCUUCGGCGCCUACCACGCACUCGUGCCGCAUUCGGCGUACUCGCAAGAUUGGGCUCUGGCACCCGAGGCGUCGGUGGAGCUGUGGGCGACGGUCAUGGAGCGCACCGAGCGCGUCGACUUCCACUCGAUGACUGCAGCCGACAAGCUCGCGAUUGUGGGCCGAUACCGCCAGAUCCACGCCGCUGGUGUCCUGCACCGCGACCCCGGUGCGCGCCACUGGCACCGCUCGAUCGAGGACGGCCGCAUGCUCGUCAUUGAUUUCGGCGUCUCCAUGACGCGUGACGACAUCGGGGAUGGCUUUGACGUGUGGGCAAGAGACGAACUAAAGCAAGUAAAGGAAGUGCUGGGUCUCCGCGAACCCCGGCGGUGA